AUGGCAGCCUCCCAGUUGGCUGCGCUAGAAGGAGUGGAGUCUGGGUCUGGGGUGCUGCCUCUGACUGAGGCCAGCCCUGGCUGGUUAUAUUCUGAGGGCCAGCGGCUGGCACUAGAGGCUCUGCUGAGUGAGGGCGCAAAGGCAUUCCAGGCAUGUGUGCAGCACGAGGGGCUGCAGCCCUUCCUGAGUGAAGAUGAAGUCCAGGGCUUGGCAGUGGCAGCUGAAGACUGGACAGUAGCCAAGCAGGACCCAAUCUGGGCAGCAGAGGGUGCCACCAUCACUGAGGAGGAUGUGGGCAGCCUGACCUACUGGCCUGGGCAGUCGGAGCAGCCAGCACCCAUCCUGCGCCUGGGCUGGCCAGUGGACUCAGCCUGGAAGGGCAUCACCCGGGCGCAGCUUUAUACCCAACCCCCUGCAGAAGGCCACCCACCCAUCAAGGGACUGUUGCGCCAGGAAAUCCGGGCUGCCCACAAGCUGGUGGCUGUGGUCAUGGAUGUCUUCACUGACCCAGACCUGCUUUUGGACUUGGUGGAUGCUGCCACACGCCACUGGGUACCUGUCUACCUGCUCCUGGACCACCAGCGGCUGGCUGCUUUCCUGGCCUUGGCCCAGCAGCUGGGGCUGAAUCCUUGGGCCACAGAGAACCUGGACAUCCGCAUCGUGGGGGGCUGUAGUUUCCAGAGCCGCUGGCGACGGCAGGUGAGAGGCAACAUGCGGGAGAAGUUUGUGCUGCUUGAUGGUGACAGGGUCAUCUCAGGAUCCUACAGCUUCACGUGGAGUGAUGCACGCCUUCACCGAGGCCUGGUGACUCUGCUGACGGGUGAAAUAGUUGAUGCCUUCAGCCUUGAAUUCCGGACGCUGUAUGCAGCCUCUUGGCCUCUCCCACCUGCAUCCACUCAGGGCCCCAUGGGCAGUGUCUUGGGGGGCCUGCAGCUGCCCCGCAGCCCACAUCAUGUGUCCCGCCGCCGGUCUGUGGCCCCUGCGUCACCCCCACCACCUGAUGGCCCUCUGGCCCAUCGCCUGGCUGCCUGCCGCAUCUUCAAGGGGGACAGGAAGGAGUUUCCCGCACCUCCAGGCCCAGCACUCAGUGACAUCUUAAGGAACAUUCAACAUGCCCGGCCCACCAGCGGCCCCGCAGCCCGGCCCAGUCGCUCCCUAUGGGACCUGAGCCGCCUGUCCCAGCUGUCCGGCUCCAGCGAUGAUGACAAGCUUCAGAAGUCUUGGGGCUCCAAGGACACCCCAGCCAAGGCCCUGAUGAGGCAGCGGGGCACUGGAGGGGGCCCCUGGGCUGAGGCUGACUCCCGUCCGCUCCCUCUGGCCUGGUCCCAGCCCUGGGGCGGUCCUCUGCCCUUCAUCCCUGCCCGCCACUUCUGCUAUCUGUCCCCAGCCCAAAGGAGGUUUGGUGAAGAUGCUGCAUCCAAACCCCCAGAGGCCAGAGGCAUCCAGCAGCCAGACUGGGCUUCCUUCACAGGACCUGGGGGGCAACCCUGAUAGGAGCCCAAGCCAAAUCUGGCUGCCCACCAG